AUGCCAUUCAAGUAUAUAACAAAAGAUACAACAAGGAAUAGAAGUAAUUUAGAUAUAUCAGUUAUAAGAAAUGCUUUAGACGAUAUUGAUAAAGGAAAAUCUAUUAGAGGUGCUGCUUUGGAAUACGAGCCUUCAACAACUGCAUCAGUAUUCAUGAGCAAUAUGGAAGAAACUGCGAGAUCUGAAGCCAGUUCACCAUCAAUUUUAACGGAGGAACAUUCUGGGUAUGCAAUCCUAAUUUUAGAACAAUCAAAAGAGGUGGCUACAACAUCUCAACUUCUGGAUAUUUCAACUGUAGACUCAAGACAAAAGCCAAAAAUAAUUUUACCAGAAAUAAUUCGACCUUUUCCAAAAUCUGCACCUAGAAAAAGUAAACGUUUUGGUAGACAGCCUGGGAAAACUAAAAUUUUAACUAAAACACCAGAAAAACAAGACUUAGAACAAGACCAUUGUAAACCGAAAAAGAUGAAAACUAAAGUAACUAAAAAUAAACAGAAAGGCAAAACAAAGAAGAGAACUGUCAAAAGACAAGUUUUACAGUCAAGUGAAAGUGAGACAGAUCUUGAAGGAGAACCCAAUGAAAAAUUGGACAAUGGCUUAACUGCCACAGUCAAUGACUACGUAGACAACACCAUAUCGAUGAUUAUACCAUUCAUGCAGCAAAAUGGUCUCGACCCCAUGGAGCUACCAGACAUUGAAGAGGGAUUCGAAGUUAGACCUAUCAUCAUUACGUACAGCGCCUGGCUCAGACUUACCGAAGGGAAGAUGUCUGGUCUUGUCAAUGUUAGUCGACUCGGAGAUCAACACGUCAAAUACUUCGCCAAAAUGCUCAGAGUGAGAGUGCAACUGCAGUUCACUGAUCUUGAAUUCAACUAUAGAUAUUUGGUUGAAGUAAUGAACAUAGGUCCUAGCGGAGGAAUUAUCGGAUCCCUAGAUCGAUUUGGCGUGAUUGCUGAUGUUUUAAUAGACUUUAACAACGAUUCAAUACAUUUGCAACAGUUCUCUAUCACGGAUCGUGGACGUCUACGCGUUCGUCUCAGUGGCAAUAUAAUAUUCGACUGGCUGUUAAAUCCUCUUAUUGGAGUUUUUACAAGACUUUUCAAUAGCAUUAUAAUGCUUGUUGUCGAGUUAAAUAUUCGUAAUGCUGCACAAAUGGCAAUUAUCUCCAUCAACUCUAGUAUUGCUGACGUUGUUAAAUAUCUCGAGUCUUUUAACAACAAU